CGUUUUUUCACGUCACGUCACGUCCAACUCAUGUCAACUAGAAAAGCACCUACUUACGAAAACCGAUUGCGUGGAAGAAAGUGAAAUAUAUUGAAAUAAAUCUAGUUACCACCGAUAAAAUAAUCUAUCGAAAGCUAUGGUUGUAUUAGAAGAUGAAGCCGGAGAUGCCAAACCUAUAACUCCCGAUGAUACCGAAAAAGAAGAUGAAAAGCCCCCUGUUUUACUUAGUUUAGAAAUUUUCCGUUUGACAAAGGAUGCUCAGCAACAACAUGGUCUCCGCCACGGAGACUACCAGAGGUAUAGAGGAUAUUGUUCAAGACGUCUUAGACGUCUCCGGAAAGUGCUCAAAAUACCACAGGGUGACAGGCGCCACUACCGCCGCCGCGACGUCACCACAACCCACCUGGUGUCAUCGAACUCUGAGAACCGUCUGUUGUGUGUGCCUCUUCUUCAAGCCGAGCGGGCCUGGGCGCACGCUAUGCAGCUGAGACAGGAGGCCAACACGGAGCCCCGUAAGAAGUUCCAUCUUGUUUCGCGUCUGAAGAAAGCAUAUUCCCAUGCGCAGACGUUGUUGCAACUUUGUGAGGAAAGCGGUGCAUGCGAUGCGCGCACGCAGCUGGAGGCGGGCGCGUACGCAGCGUGGCUCAGCGGGAUCCUCCUGGUGGAGCUGCAGCAGUGGCGAGUCGCGGCUGAAGCGCUGCAGCGAGCGCAACUAGUGCUGGACAAGCUGUGUGCCGCCCUGCCCGAAGACGAACGCCUUGUUUACAAGCAGAAGGUAGAGGAGCUAAAGCCGAGCUUGCGUUAUUGCGCGUACAACAUCGGCGACGAGUCGGCCGCCGGCGACUUGGUGGCGAUGCGCGGGCAGGGGCUCAUAGAGAACUUGGACUCGCUCAUGGCACAGGCCAAGGAGUCCCGAUCGGGUGUUAUGCAUGAAGUGGAGUGGCGCGGGCGCCGCGUUACCGUUCGCCCCGAGAAGGUUCGUCUCUUCCUAAUCGCGCUGCAGGACCUCGACAAAUCCGUGGCCGCCGCCGACUCCGUCCAGGCCAAGAUCGACAUCCUCGAGAACAUCCUAAUGGACUGCAAGGACGCCAUAUCCGCAAUCAAGGACGAAAUCAAAAACGAUCCCAAACUAAAAACUGCGUCCGAGACUCAGAUGUCGGGAAUCAAUUACUUGCUGUCCUACAUCAUGUAUCUCCGUAUGAUUCGAACGAUUGAGAGGAACAACCUAUUGGUUGAGCAAGCAGAACAUGCGCGCAAGAAUAACAUUCAGAUCGACGGCAAGAAAAUGAGGCCGCACGACCUCACGCGUCUCUACGAGAUUAUCCUCCAGAAUUUCACCGAGCUACAGCAACUACCUGGCUUCGAAAAUGACGCUCAAUACCAGCAGGAGAUCGAGCAACAGAUGAAAGCUUACAGAGCCUUCCGUUGCUUCUACAUCGCACAGGUUCUUACCGGUUUGAGGCGGUUCAGGGAAGCGCUGGCUAUGCUCGAGAGGUGCAAUACAUACACAACAGAAUCGCUGUCUAGCAAGCUCAAUGAUAAAUUGCUUGUUGAAAAAUUACAAACUUUGAAGAAAGACAUAGAGAGUUGCAAGUUUGAAGUUCACGCGGAUUCCGUUCUAGAAGACGAGGAAGAUGACGAAAACAAGUAUUCCAGCGGGAAGCCUCACAAGGAUAAGAAGCCUUUGGUAGACCGGCUGGAUGAGUACCGCGAGGACACUCAGGUGCUGACAAAGAAUCCGAAUAUUUACAAGUUGCCGCCACCGAUGGAGGCUAUACCUUGCAAGCCGCUGUUCUUCGAUUUAGCGUGCAAUUUCAUAGAGUUCCCCAACUUGGACGACAAGACGGGAGCUGCGGAUGGCAAGAAACAGGGCGCCGGCCUCACGGGCCUGGUGAAGGGAUUCUUGGGCUGGGGAAAAAGCGAUAAGUAGUGCAAUUCACAUUGGAUUUUAAAGACUGUGUCAAAGUCAUAUUUAUUCAUAAAAUUACACAAAUUAUAUUUGACUUCUGUUUCAGUCUUUGUCCAAAUAUAUUGGCAUAACUACAAAAAGGCUUUUC